CCCAUUGAGUGUCCCCCAGCCCCGGAGAGCCCCACUGUGUGCAGCCGCAGCCGCUCUGUGCAGGGCCCGGCUGUCAGAGCUCAUUUCAGAAUUAAUUUCCCGGCGUUAAUCGCCCCGGGCUGCUCUCCCUGCACUGCCAGGGAGGCACAGCACAGCGAGGGGCCCUGAGAGCUCUCCUGCUGCAGCACUUCUCUCCACGAGGCUGCAGAUCACACUCUUGAUGCCUGGGGAAAAUCACAGCUGAGGGCUUUGACCUUCUGCUGGAGCACUCCAGCAAAGGUUAAUGAGCACGAGAGGGAUUGUUCACUGAGCACUCGGAGAUGGGAUCCAGCGCACGCAGGGCUGCUCUGGCACCAGGACAGCCUCCCCAGGGAAAGGAGAAAAGAGGAGAGCAGGAUUUCCCAGAGGAUGGGGGGAACAGGGUUCUGCUGCAGGCCUGGGCUUUGUUCUCAGCCGAGAUCCCCACGGAGCACACGGGACCUGGCUCUGAGCCUUCCAAAUGAGUUCAUUUCUCUGAGAACUGCGAUCCUGAGUUAAAUUCCUCUCCCUGCCUCCUGAUCCAGCUGGUGCUGGAGCAGAGGAAUCCUUUUGCCAUGUGGGGAAGGUGCCAGGGUUGCUGCCAGGCUCUUCCCCUCCUGUUUGGCUCCUCUAGAAGGGCUGGUUUGGCCAGCCCAGGCAAAAAACAACCCAGCUUUUACCCCACUGCAAAACUUCCUCCAUUUCUGAUCCUCUCCCACCCAAAAUCAUGGCACCACUGCUGUAAAUGACAGAGCAGAUAAAUACUGGGGGAGACCUCAAAUGAAUGUCAAGAAUUCGGGCUGCUCCAAUCUAACAAUCACUUUGUUGUGUUCAUUACCUCUGCCAUCAAAGGCACUUUACCUGAAUUUAGUGCUCAGGCCUCUGGAAAAACCUGGGAGUUCUGAAAAGUGCUUUAAUAUUCCAAUAGAUUAUAAAUAUUUUGGAAAAUAAUUAUUUCCACAAGCUGAGGCAGGAAAGCAAAACCAAACCACAACCCACCAAAGCAUGUGCUGCUCAUUACCAGAGACUUUAUCACAGAAUCACGGAGAGGUUUGGGCCGGAGGGGACCUUAAGGAUCAUCCAGAGGGGAUGGACAGUGCCUCUGGAGAGGUUAUUUAUGGCUUAGGUGAAAAACCCCACAGCAUGGAGCCAUUAGUAUUUGCUGAAUGUCAAGAGGCACAGCUGAAAACAAAAGCCAGGCCUUGGAGGGAGCCAGGUCUGUGAUUACCUCCAGCCACCCAAAAUAUUGUUUUUAAACAGCUCAGCUUCCAGCACAGGGAUCACAGCCAGAGCAGGGAACGUCCAAACCCAGCUUUGCUCUGGGGCAGAUCCUGGCCCUGCAUGGGGACACCAUCGUCCUGCAGAGCCCUCCAAUUCCCAAAAUCCCUCAACAUUUCUGCGAACUCCGAGGUUGGAGCUGCUGACUGGGGGGCAAAGAGAGACUUGCACCAAAAAACAGCCUUGGGGAAAUGCUGGGAUCAGCUCAGCUCUGCCCUUCCCCUUCUGCACCAGGGCCUCUUCCUGCUUGUUCCCUCCACGGGAUAAAUUCCUGGGAAUGACAGGGAUAACGUCCUGUUAUAGGGACUGUCCCAGUGUCCUUACAAACCCAUCCUUGGGGUCCCUGCUCCCAGGGAAGGGAGGCCUCUCCAGGGCCCAGCACCCCUCCCAGUCAAUCAGAGAUGCAAAUGCACUCAGCAAAGUGCUCCUGCAGAUGUUCUUAAUUAAAGCAGCCCACCCCGAGCCCACACGGAGCAAUCACCCCCCAAAACGCCUUCCUGCUCUCAGAUGUUCCCAAUCACUGCUGCAGGAUCCUGCAGGAAUAUUAUUUUUGUAGGGGUAAACCAUUUGCUAAAUAGGCCACCUGUUAAAUAAACACUCCCACUCUCCAAAUAUUAUUUUGUUUUCCAGCCUAUGCACAAUCUGGAUUUAUUUUAGAUGAAAAAAGAUAAUCACUAAAGCACAAAAACGCCCAAAAAACAGUAUUUUGACUAUUUGCAACUAUCCAUCUUGUGAGCACAUCUGCUCCUUUGCAAGCUGGCAGAGCUGCUACACUCAAAGAGAUUCACAGCUCCUUAUUCAGCCGGGAGCUGAUGAAUUUCCAUCAGAGGCCUCGGCACUCUUCCCUUCUUUGUCACUUCUUCAAGCCUGAAUUCCUCCCUCUCCCCAGCUUCCCUUUCCUGAGCUGCCUCUUCCCUCAGGGACAGUCCCCCAUCCAGGAUGGCUUCAGCAAAGUGCCACAGGACAAGGGACAGGGUUUGCCUCCAGUUCUGCUAUAAAAUCACAUUUUCUGAGCUUUCAAAGCCCAUCUCGAGCUGUGCAGGAACAUCCACUGCCCCUGAAGAGCAGCAGGGUGGGCAUCGCCAGGAAAGGGGGAUGGAAUGGAAUGGAAUGGAAUGGAAUGGAAUGGAAUGGAAUGGAAUGGAAUGGAAUGGAAUGGAAUGGAGUGGGAUAUUUCCCUGGAAGGGAUCUACAACAGCUGCAGGAUUUAAAAACAGCACCACUGCCAUCAGAGCUGACACCCAGCCUCUUUUCCUUCGCAAUGAAUGGGAUAAAUCCCAUGGAACCAUGGAGCUGUUCAGGCUGGAAAAGCCAGGAUACAUCCCAUGGAACCAUGGAGCUGUUCAGGUCAGAAAAGCCAGGAUACAUCCCAUGGAACCAUGGAGCUGUUCAGGUCAGAAAAGCCAGGAUACAUCCCAUGGAACCAUGGAGCUGUUCGGGUCAGAAAAGCCAGGAUACAUCCCAUGGAACCAUGGAGCUGUUCAGGCUGGAAAAGCCAGGAUACAUCCCAUGGAACCAUGGAGCUGUUCAGGUCGAAAAGCCAGGAUACAUCCCAUGGAACCAUGGAGCUGUUCAUGUUGGAAAAGCCAGGAUACAUCCCAUGGAACCAUGGAGCUGUUCAGGCUGGAAAAGCCAGGAUACAUCCCAUGGAACCAUGGAGCUGUUCAGGUCAGAAAAGCCAGGAUACAUCCCAUGGAACCAUGGAGCUGUUCGGGUCAGAAAAGCCAGGAUACAUCCCAUGGAACCAUGGAGCUGUUCAGGCUGGAAAAGCCAGGAUACAUCCCAUGGAACCAUGGAGCUGUUCAUGUCGGAAAAGCCAGGAUACAUCCCAUGGAACCAUGGAGCUGUUCAGGUCAGAAAAGCCAGGAUACAUCCCAUGGAACCAUGGAGCUGGGGCUGCAGCAGGUGCUGAAAGAUUCAGGUUCCUUGGGCUCUGUGGAGUUCCUGUGGCUUCCCAAGGAAGCCUUGCCAGCCCUCCUCCUUCCCAAAAUCAAAACCAUCUAG